AUGAGUCCUGUUUACUGCAGGAACUGCGGUUCUGCCGUCAAGCUCCCCGGAUCUUUGCCAGCCACUCGAUCGCCCUCGCCCUAUGAGCGCUUUGACAGUGCAGCCUCGACGUAUUACCAACCGGGAAAUACCUUGCAGAACUCCUACAGUAGUGAGUCCUUGCAUUCACACCGGUCUCUCAGUCCGCAUUCCCGGUCUUUUUCACCGAACGCCUUUGACCUGAGAAUUCAGAACGUUCGACCAGCGGGGGGUGGCCAUGUCGCAUUGUCUGUGGCCACAUGGGGAGAUCCAAGCACAGCUUUGGGCCAUGCACCACAUGCGCCGCAUGCGCAAACCUUUCACUUGUCCAACACCAAGCCAACGUUGAAGCGAAGCAGGUCCCCCGAGAUGAGGCGCCGGCCAAGUGAGAGAAAUCUGCCACCCUUGCGCGCAGCACCUGCGGGGCCUGCGCAUGGUUCUCAUCGGAUGAUGAGCUCCGCCAGUGCCACCGAGUUGCGCUACUCCCCGGGCCUUCAAGGCCUUCAGGGGCUUCAGGGGCAGAGCUUUGGUGGGAAGUUGCGAGGAGCCAUGGUGGUCCAAGAGCCUCCUCCAUUCCGCCCGGGAGAAGCGCUGCCCGCCCGCAAGAUCCUCUACCGAGACGAUGGUCGAAAACAGUUGCUGCGGGGCAUCGACAAGUUGGCCGAGACCGUGGCGGUGACCCUGGGUCCUCGCGGUCGCAACGUGCUCUUGGACAAGGGUGACUACUCAGCACCACAGAUCGUCAACGAUGGUGUGACGAUCGCCAAGGAAAUAGAGCUUGAGGAUCAAGAUCCUUGGUUGCACUUUGCAUCGGCCAAGGUCGGCAAGGUCGAGAACACAGGUGUGCAGCUGAUUCGACAGGCCUCCGCCAAGACCAACGAUGUGGCGGGCGAUGGGACCACGACCGCCACCAUUUUGGCACAUGCCAUGGUGAAGAGCGGGAUGAAACAAUUGGUGGGAGGAGCCAAUCCAGUGCAAAUCAAGCUGGGGAUGGAGAAGGCUGCGAGCUACGUGGUGAAGCGGAUCGAAGAGAUUGCCGUGUCGGUGAGCGAUACGGACAUGGAAAAGAUCAAGCAGGUAGGCUCCAUCUCGGCCGGGGGCGACGAUGAGGCUGGGCAAAUGAUUGCGGAUGCCAUGGAGAAGGUCGGUGGCAGCGGCGUCAUCUCUUUGGAAGAGUCCCAAUCCACCGACACCGAAGUGGAGCUCACCGAGGGAAUGAACUUGGACAAGGGCUAUUUGUCUCCCUACCUUUGCCUGGAUGCUGCCAACCCCUCGCGAAGAGUUUGGGAGUCGAACGGGCCCUUGGUUCUGGUGACUGACCAGAAGAUCUCCAUGGCUCAGCAGGCACGAAAUCGUGGAUGGCAGGAGCUGAUUCCGAUCCUCACCAUCGCCAAACAGAUGUCAAAGCCACUUCUGAUCAUUGCAGAGUCCAUCGAAAAGGAGGUCCUGGCAACUCUCAUUGUGAACAAGAUCCGGGGCAUUGUUGACUGCUGUGCCGUGCAAGCACCUGGCUUCGGUGACAACAGGAAGGCCAUUCUGCAGGACAUUGCCCUGGUGACCAGUGCCACGUACAUCACCGAUGAUCUCGGAAGGAAGCUGGACAGCGUGACGGCCGAAGACUUUGGUCUCUUGGCCAGUCUUUUGGUGACGAGGCAGAGGGACUCCACCACCAUCGUGGCUGAUGCUCCAAAGGACCAGUUAGAGGAGCGGUGUGCACAGAUCCAAAGGCAGAUCGAAGACACCAAGAGCUCCUAUACCAAGGAGCAGCUGGAGAAGAGACUUGCCAAGCUCGUAGGUGGAGUGGCCUUGAUCAAGGUUGGCGCCACGACAGAGACAGAGCUGAAGGACGGGAUGGUGGCCCGGUCUUUGAUGAAAAAGGACAUGUUGAAGAAGGGUCAGGCAACAUGUCAGAUGAGAUACGUGAUUUGUUUAGAAUCUAAGAUGGGGAUCCCAUGGGAUUCCCCAACUGAUGGGAUUUCGUUUACACUUUAA